AAGAAUUCAUAUUCAUUGUGGAGCCAACAUUCCCUCUCAAAAACGAAAGAUGAUCGAAUCCCAAAAGCUCAACGUCUGCAAAUUGCGUACAAUCUCUUUAAAUUUCACCCCAAUCCCUGAUAACACGAAUCUUCUCCUCCUCCUAAUUUCAACUCGAAUCCCCUUUUGUUGUGGAUGGAAAAUUUUCAUUACAGUUGUGAAGAAUCAAUCGCGUUUUACUCGUUUACAUUUCAACCUUCCUAUAAAUACGAUCAUGGCCUGAGGUUUGUAAUGCACAGUAGUAUUGGGGUUCACUGCAAUUUGAAUUUGCUAGGGCUCGUAAUACCACUUGAUUUGUAUUCAGGAUAUUUUUCUUGUACAUUUUUAUUGAUCAAGUCUCAUAAAGUAAUUUGUAAGUGAUACAAGAUGGGUUUCCUGGGAACAACUGAUAAUGAUGGUGUUCAAGAAACACAAAUUGUGAUACGCAAUGGAAGAGAAAUCUUACUUCAGGCUUUCAACUGGGAGUCUCGUAAACAUGAUUGGUGGAGAAAUUUAGAGAAAAAAGUACCCGAUAUGGCAAAAUCGGGGAUCACAUCAGCUUGGUUACCACCACCAACUAAUUCGUUUUCUCCUGAAGGCUACCUUCCACAAAAUCUAUAUUCUCUCAACUCUUCGUAUGGUUCUGAGGCUUUGCUUAAAGAUUUAUUAAAAAAAAUGAAGCAGUAUAAUAUUCGACCAAUGGCUGACAUAGUUAUCAAUCAUCGUGUUGGGACUACUCAAGGGCAUGGUGGUAAAUAUAACCGCUAUGAUUGGAUUCCAUUGUCUUGGGAUGAACGUGCUGUUACUUCUUGCACUGGUGGACUUGGUAACAGGAGCACAGGAGACAACUUUAAUGGAGUUCCAAAUAUUGAUCAUACACAAGACUUUGUUAGAAAAGACCUUAUUGGUUGGCUAAAAUGGCUACGAUACACUGUUGGUUUUCAAGAUUUUCGUUUUGACUUUGCAAGAGGUUAUUCUGCAAAAUAUGUGAAAGAAUACAUCGAGGGUGCAAAACCAAUAUUUACUGUUGGAGAAUAUUGGGACUCAUGCAACUACAAAGGAACCUACCUUGAUUAUAACCAAGAUAGUCAUAGGCAGCGUAUAAUCAACUGGAUUGAUGGCACAGGGCAACUUUCUACAGCAUUUGACUUCACCACAAAAGGGAUCCUUCAGGAAGCUGUUAAGGGGCAACUUUGGCGUUUACGUGAUGCUCAAGGGAAGCCGCCAGGUGUCAUGGGAUGGUGGCCUUCAAGAGCUGUAACUUUCCUUGAUAAUCAUGACACUGGAUCCACUCAGGGUCAUUGGCCAUUCCCUUCGAAUCAUGUCAUGGAGGGCUAUGCUUAUAUACUCACGCAUCCUGGAAUACCAUCAAUCUUUUAUGACCAUUUUUACGACUGGGGAAGUGCCAUGCACGACCAAAUUGUGAAGUUGAUAAAUGUGCGCAAGGAGCAAGACAUACAGAGUCGAUCCUCCAUUAGGAUUCUUGAAGCUAAGGCCAAUCUUUAUGCAGCCAUAAUUGGAGAGAAGCUGUGUAUGAAAAUUGGCGGUGAUUCAUGGUGUCCCACUGGUUCUGAGUGGAAACUGGUGGCACAUGGGCACCAGUAUGCAGUUUGGCAUAAGUAGGCACAGGAAGGAUCAUAUAAGAUGAUAAGUUAGUGAUCUUGAGGAUGUGAAACGAUAUUUUGAAUCAACUACCGCUUGUCUUGUUCAAUAAAGUAGUUGAGUAGCUGUAUGUAUAACUUUUGAGAGCUUUUACAUCGGCCAUUUGGUGUGUAUAUGUUGUUGUUGUUGAACCCGUUCUUUGAAUAAGAUUUGUGCUAUUUUUAGGUUUUC